CGGAAAUACACUGAAAACCACUGAAGUGCAUAGAUGUUGCGCAUGGAGUAUAUCAGGUUGUGACCUAGUUUACUUAACAAUUCAAUGGGGGAAAUCAUUAUUAGAUUUUAGAUUUAAAGAUAAUGUAUCGAAUGGACAUCAUUAAUAAAGUACUUUGCAGAGAGAAUUGAUACAACCAACGACUUGCAUUCAACACAAGUUCCUAUACAGUAAAUCAAAUACCAGGGUCUAGUUAGUGACAACAACUGAAAAGUGUAGAACAGGAUGAAAUGGCACAGGUUGAUAUUCUCCGUAUUGAUAAUUUUUGUCUGUUUAAUUACUCAAGGUUUUCCAAGUAAGCUUGUCUUUUCAACUAACAUGACUGAUAGUAAUGGUAGAAUAUAUGAAUUCAACUUGGACACUGGACGCGUAUCAUAUAUAUUAACUAAUCUACAGAGCGACGUGUAUUCGAUUGCUUACGAUUAUAACAAUGGAUAUAUAUAUAUUCCAAGACUACACAAGAACGACAUACAGAGAGUUAAGUAUCCAUCUGAUCAAGCUUACACACCGGAGUUUGUGACUAAUGCAAGUGUACCAAUAGGUAUUGCCAUUGAUCCAUUAUACGGCAAUGUGUAUUGGACAGAAUAUAACGUUGGAAAAGCUGGAAAUAUUUAUAGAUGUAAUUUAAAUGGAUCUGAUAAAUUCCUUGUCCUCAAUGAUGAUCCACUCUUUGCCCUAACAUUAGACUAUCGGUACAGGUGGUUGUACUAUAGUACAACACUAACGGCGAAAAAAAGAAGUAUUCGACGAUCACGAUUAGAUGGUACUAGAAAUCAAACAGUGAUUGAGGAGGAAGCUUCGGAUUUGAGUAUAGAUUUCAUCGAAGAAAGACUUUACUGGAUGAACUUCGCAACAGGCGAUUUGAAAUCUGCAUAUUUGAAUGGAACUAAUGACAGGAAAUUGUUUAGCACGAAUACGACCAUACAAAACGUAGGCAUCUAUGUACUAGAUGACGAAAUAUACUGUGUAAAUUUUAAUGAAAUACUCAAAGUCACAUUGCAACCAGUCACAUCAGCGAGUGUCAUAUACGCAGGUACCAAAAGAAUAUAUGGUUUACUUGUAUAUAAGGAAAAACGUAAGUACUUAUACAGAAAUUUGCGCAACUAUAAGUUACCGAUGUUCAAAUCUAACAUAUUGACGAAGAAUGCAAAUCAUGGCAACAAACACAGAGUAAGGGAAUCACUUUAAUUACACAAUGAUCGGGACCUGUUUAUUCAACAGGAUAAGCGUCUCCUUCUAAACAUUAUAUAUAUAUAUAUAUAUAUAUAUAUAUAUAUAUAAAGUUAAAGAGAAUAGAAACAGGGAAUAUGUCAGUAUAUAUAUAUUUAUAUGAAUAAACCAGCAUCUACUUCACUUUCAAAAUAUAAAUGUAUUUCUAUCGCAAAUGAUCUGUUAUGAUAUUAAAAUUUAACAAUAAACAAAUAUUUGAACUUUUAGAAAUAUUCUAAAACAUUAACAUUAACUAAAUUGAAACAUGACGUCUGCAUGACAGUUGUAUGAAGUAUGUUUCUACCGAUAAAAUACUGAAUUUAUUAUAUGUAUUUUAUUUGCUUAUUUAUUUGUUUUGUUAGUUUCCAAAGCUUCUUUUAGCGACCAUGGUUCUAUCAUGGAAGCUAGUUUACUUUAAUUGACUUCUGUUAGAUAUUGUUUGUUAAGAAUGUACACGACAACUUAAUUCUAUAUAUAGUUCUCUCUAUAUUAUUGUAAUAACUCAUUAGUUAGAAUAUAAAAAAUUGUUACUGCUUGCCGCUUUUAUGCAUAGAAUAAUAUAACUACUGUGUGUCUAAAUGACGCACUAACAUGCGUACACUAUAAAGAUGUAAAUAUUUAACUAUGUGCCGAAAUUUGAAAUAAUCGACAUAAAAAUUCUACAAAACUGAAUUCUUUCAAGCAGACCGAUUAUAAACACACAAGGGAACACAUUGUGAGCGUCGCACACAAAACUGUAUACGUUCAGUAUCUAUUAAACAAACGGUUAUUAUGUCAGUCAAUUUUGACUUCACACAUAAAACAGUCAGAAUAUACAUGGCAGUGAUUGUAGACAUUGUCAUCAUACAUUUAUAAUACAAAACUAGUUUUUGACGUUCUAUAUCUAUCUCUACUAAUCUAUCUGUUUCGCUUUGUAUAACAUAUUGAACGGUACGGUUCUUUUCUGUAUUGCAUGUGCAAGUUUAAUAAUGUAAAUCACUCCAAUAUUUUGAUAACAAAAAUACUUAGAUUUCAUGUUACGUCAUAACGUAAAAGAGAGGCGAAGGAUACCAGAGAGACUUUCAAACUCAUAAGUCGAAAAUAAACUGACAACGCCAUAGAUAAAAAAGAAAAAGACAAACAGACAAACAAUAGUACACAAAACACAUCAUAGAAAACUAAAUACUGAGCAACACGAACCCCAUCAAAAACUGGGGGUGACCCGACAGGGUAAGCAGAUACUGCUUCACACGUGGCACCCGUCGUGUUGCUCAUAUUAGUGCAAACCCGGUAAUAAGUAUAAUUCGGUAUAAUUAAUAUGAUCUUUGGUAUAAUCAAUUGUUUCUGAUACUGUAUGUUGUUAAAUACUUAAAACAAAUAACAUGCCAAUUGUAAUGUUUGUUACCUUAUUGUUCUGAUCUAGUAGUUAAUUAAAUUUAUCCGUUUGAUGGCAUUGAUAUUGAGGUGAGUAGUAAAUUAUUUUAAACUAGUUAAUAACAUUCUGCACGAUUGUUAAUUAAAUAUAAGUCCAUUUCACAACGUCAUUUUAUCCAAAACGAAAUAAAAUAUCAUGUAAGCUAAAUCACAAAUGUACAAGAAAAAAAAUAUGAUCAUUUGACUUCAUUUAUACUGUUAAAAAGAAGACUACGGUGAGAGUGAAGAAGACAUGUUAAUUAUACGCUAGAUUCGUUUUCAGAGGCUUUGGUAAUUUAUGCCAUCGAUAUAUUUGGCUCUCCGUUGACAAUGUGAUAUAUUAAGCUGCCUGUAGAUUUGACAAGGAUGUUUAGUUUUUUUUCAAUUAUGGGUUUAGGUUGUCACAAUAGCAAAAACAGUUAAAGCUAACAUUACAGAUAAUUUAAUUCAACACUACAAACAGUGAAACAAGAUUCACGAAGAGCAAAAUGAAUAUAAUUAUACUAAAAUGCAACACCAUCAAAUACUGACACAAGCUAAUAAAAAGAAUACCGAUGUUAUAAUAUACAUCAAUUGAAACAUCGUAUAACAGACUUCCUAUCAUAUCUUAAUGUCGCAAUAAACACGGAUGCAAGGAUUAGCGUUCCAAAACACGGUAUUAAUCUUAAAUAGGUGUUGACAUUGAAUACGAGUCACAUUAACAAAUCUCUUAGUACUUGUGGAAUGACAGAGAUUCAGAAAUAUCCACAUAAGCUUAGUUGAUCUAUAGAACAUAAAGGUAUUGAUUGAUUACGUGUUUGGCAUUUUACAUUUAACCUAUGUUUUUUUUCCAAUUUUAAUUGUUUAAAUGAUAUACAAAAUAUAAAGAAACCUUGACAAAUUGUUGACACGGCAUACGUGCAUUACGUUGUAAAAGCUUAUAAAACUUAUUUUGAUAGUAUGUUUGUUUUUUGGCUGGAUUAAUAUAAAUAUUAUAUAUAUAUUUUUUUAAGAUUACCAGACACAGAUCGGUCGAACAUUGAUAGAAUGGACGAGACACUAUCAUUUAUUGUUUUCCAGAAGUAUCGAGACAAUCUUCAAUGAUGAAGACCAAUAUUUUAAUGACAAUUAAAUACGACAAUGACGUUGUAAAAAUAAUCAUAAUAAUCAAUCAAAAUGGUCAGAAUUGAAACUAGCUUAAAACAUUUAGACCAUUUCAUGUCAAACUUAAGAUAUGUAUGUGAUGGAACAUCCCGUUUUUUUUCCCACAUGUUGAUAUUUCUCCCAUGUCCUUGUAAUAAUGCUGACUCAAAAAUAUCAUGCAGAAUAAUGAUAAUAAAUUUUAAUUUUUUUUUUUAAUUUUGUCAA